AUGGCAGCCGGCGACGAGAAACGGCACCUCCUGAGCGAGGGCACAGGCGGGUGCUAUGCGGGGGCUGCGCAGAAGGACGGGCACGGCGCGGCGCAGGGACAGGAGCUCGCCCUGGAGCUGGGGACACGGCGUGGCCAGCACUGCCACACGCGGGGGGCCGGCGGCCACCCCGGCCAGCAGCAGCGGGCGCGCAGGAAGCUCUACCUGGCCGCCGGCAUCUGCCUCUUCUUCAUGGUGGGGGAAGCCGUGGGUGGGUACCUGGCACACAGCCUGGCCAUCCUGACGGACGCUGCCCACCUGCUGACGGACUUUGCCAGCAUCAUGAUCAGCCUCUUUGCACUCUGGGUGUCCUCACGCCCCCCCACCAAAACCAUGAACUUCGGAUGGCACCGGGCAGAGAUCCUGGGGGCCCUGCUCUCUGUGCUCUCCAUCUGGGUGGUGACGGGGGUCCUGGUCUACCUGGGGGCCCAGCGCCUGCUCUCAGGCGACUACGACAUCGAGGGCGGGGUCAUGCUCAUCACCUCGGCCUGCGCCGUGGCCGUCAAUAUCGUGAUGGGGGUGGCUCUGCACCAAACGGGGCACGGGCACAGCCACGGAGCAGCCGGCGAGCAGCCCAAUGCCAGCGUCCGCGCUGCCUUCGUGCACGUCGUGGGGGACCUGCUGCAGAGCGUUGGUGUCCUUGUUGCCUCCUACAUCAUCUUCUUCAAGCCCGAGUACAAGUAUGUGGAUCCCAUCUGCACCUUCCUCUUCUCCGCACUGGUGCUGGGGACAACGCUGACCAUCCUCCGGGAUGUCCUCCUCGUCCUCAUGGAGGGGACCCCCAAAGGGAUGGAUUUCAAUGCCGUGCGGGACACGCUGCUGGCGGUGCGGGGUGUGGAGGCCGUGCACAGCCUGCACAUCUGGGCACUGACGGCAGCACAGCCGCUGCUCUCGGUGCACAUCGCCAUCAAUGCGGCUGCCAGCGCGCAGGAGGUGCUGGAGGAGGCCAGCUCCCGGCUGCAGGGCGCCUUCCGCUUCCACACCACCACCAUCCAAGUGGAGAGCUAUUCCGAGGAGAUGCGGGAUUGCCGGGAAUGCCAGCCCCCCCGCGACUGA